AUGUCACAGCAGUUUCGUGCUUCCACUCUUACCACCAGCACGUAUAAGACUCCAGCCAGUGUCAGCCACUGGAUUGAGCCUAUAUCAGAGGAACCUGACUCUGAAGACCUCUCAACAGCUCCACAGUAUAAACGCCAUCGUACCAGGGCUCCACUUGUUCGCACCCAAUCUGCUCCUCACCUCAUUUCAACAACAACAACUCAGCCCUUCCACACCCACUCCAACAUGGCCAACGCAAACUUGAUGCCCAGGGCCGACUCUUUCAACGCUCGAGUCCGCGGGACGAGCCAUAUCGACUUCCGGACUGCAACUACCGGUGUCUCUGCGAAGACUAUGCGCAACGAAAUAAGCCACCUUGUCGCCACCGUUGCUGAUCCCCAGACAAAAAAGGCGCGUUCAAUCGCCUCGAACGCCUUCGACACCGAAAUGCAAGCGUUCUUCUACCUCUUCACGCGUUAUCUUUCAGAACGUGCUAAGAGCCAGGAUCUCGACUGGGACCGUAUCAAGUCACCCGCUGAAGACCAGAUUAUUCCCUACGCAAAGCUUCCCUCACCGUCUGACACCAAGAACCUCAACAAGCUCGCAGUUCUCAAAGUCAAUGGUGGUCUAGGAACAUCUAUGGGAAUGACCGGUGCUAAGAGUGCCCUGGAAGUCAAGGACGAUAUGACCUUCUUGGAUCUUACCGUCCGUCAAAUCGAGCAUCUCAACACUACCAACCGCGUGGAUGUCCCCCUCAUCCUCAUGACCUCGUUCAACACCCACGAAGACACGCUCCGCAUCAUUAAAAAAUAUGCGAACCAGCAGCUUCGCAUCACGACUUUCAACCAGUCGCGAUACCCCCGAAUUUAUAAGGAAACACUCGUGCCAUGCCCAAGCCGUGCAGAUGACGACAAGAAGCAUUGGUACCCUCCUGGUCACGGCGAUCUCUACAACGCGCUUCUCCAUUCAGGCGUACUUGAUCAGCUGCUUUCGGAGGGAAAGGAGUAUCUCUUCGUUUCCAAUUCAGACAAUUUGGGAGCAGUUGUGGACGAGAGAAUUCUCCAGCACAUGAUCGACUCAGGUGCAGAAUUUUUGAUGGAGGUCACUGACAAGACCAAGGCUGAUGUCAAGGGUGGAACGCUCAUCGACUACGACGGCUCGAUACGACUCCUCGAAAUUGCUCAAGUUCCUUCUGAGCAUGUCGAAGAUUUCAAAUCCGUUCGCAAGUUCAAGAUCUUCAACACCAACAACUUGUGGAUCAAUCUGAAAGCUUUGAAGCGUAUCAUGGAAACUGAGGGCAUGGAGCUCGAAAUUAUCAUCAACCCCAAGGUCACUGAUGACGGCCAGUCCGUCAUUCAACUCGAAACGGCUGCUGGUGCUGCCAUCAAGCACUUCAAGAACGCUCAUGGAAUCAACGUACCUCGCUCACGUUUCCUUCCUGUGAAGAGCUGCUCCGAUCUCCUCUUGAUUAAGAGUGACAUCUACUCGCUUGAGCAUGGCCAGCUUGUCAUCAACGAGGCUCGUAUGUUCGAGACCACGCCAGUCAUCAAGCUCGGCGACCAUUUCAAGAAGAUUCAACAAUUCCAAAAGCGCUUCAAAAAGAUCCCCAAGAUCCUCGAGCUCGACCAUCUGACUGUUACUGGCGAUGUCUAUUUCGGCAAAAACAUUACGCUGCGGGGCACGGUCAUUGUUGUCGCCAACGAGGGACAGCGUAUUGAUCUGCCGGAUGGUUGCGUUUUGGAGAACCGUCUCGUGUCUGGUAAUUUGAACCUGAUUGAACUGUAA